AUGUUCAUAGCCACCCUCGAGAACGCAAUGCAAAAGUUGGAAUGGGUCGAGAGGGCAGUGAAGGUCAGCAGCUACACCAUUUGGGCUUUGCUGAUGCUGAUGACAUCCAAUAUCAGUCAAGCGGAACGAAUGCUGACCGAAUUCGACGAAUGCGGGUGCACAGGUCUUCAGAUAAAUCUGCAAAAGAUGAUGUUCGUGCGUAACGGAUGGGUCUCGGAUGCCCCAUUCACGUUCAAAGGAAGGAACAUAUCCGAAAGCACCAGCUACAUUUGUCUGAGUCGGGAAUUGAACAUGAUGAACGACCUGACCCCUGAGCUGGGAAGGAGGAGACGAGCGGCUUGCUGA